UCUUCAAAUGACCCACCCCUUUUAAAUACCUCUCCUUACACACUCUUGUUGCAAAACGCAAAUCCCCAAACCAAAACUUUUGUGACUUACACACAAACACGCACUCCCUUAUAACUAUCUCUGUCUCCGAGCCAUGUGCCAGUUAUCAUCUCCCUCCACUCUGUGUGAAAGCAAUGAGGGCCAUCCAAACAUGCCCCCAACCAAAAUUCAUGAGGAGCCUGACAUGUUCGUCCUUUUGAUCCCCAAACCCCCAACAACAACAACAUUCUUCGAACAAGGCCAAAAUAACCAAAAGCCCCAUAAAACCCAUUUUUCCCUCGCCCUCGACGAAGUCAAAUGCAUAGCCAACAUAGCAUUACCCAUGGUGCUAACCGGGUUACUACUCUAUUCUCGCUCCGUAAUCUCCAUGCUCUUCCUCGGUCGCGUCGGUGAGCUCGCCUUAGCUGGUGGCUCUCUCGCCAUUGGAUUCGCCAACAUCACGGGCUAUUCUAUUCUCUCGGGCCUCGCCAUGGGCAUGGAGCCCAUUUGCGGCCAGGCUUUCGGGGCCAAAAGGUUCAAACUUUUGGGCCUCGCGAUGCAGAGGACAAUGGUCUUGCUUCUUCUAACUUGUGUUUUUAUAUCAUUCUUGUGGUUCAACAUGAAGAAAAUAUUGGUCCUGUGUGGCCAACAAGAAGACAUCGCCACCGAAGCUCAAUCUUUCAUACUAUUUUCAAUUCCCGAUCUUGUAGCACAAUCAUUGCUACACCCUUUGAGAAUCUACUUAAGAAGUCAAUCUAUAACCCUGCCUCUCACAUACACUGCCUCUCUGUCUAUUCUCCUUCACGUCCCCAUCAACUACUUCCUUGUCUCUGUGCUUAAGCUUGGAAUCAAAGGCAUUGCCUUAGGCGCUGUUUGGACGAAUUUCAACCUCGUCUUUUCGUUGAUUCUCUACAUCUGGGUCUCCGGCGUAUACAAGAAAACAUGGCCCGGUGUUUCGUUGAAGGGCGUCUUCAGCGGUUGGAAAUCGCUUUUGAAUCUUGCAAUUCCAAGUUGCAUUUCCGUUUGCCUGGAGUGGUGGUGGUACGAAAUCAUGAUUUUACUAUGCGGGUUAUUGAUUAAUCCCCAAGCAACGGUUGCAUCAAUGGGUGUUCUGAUUCAAACCACUGCUCUGAUAUACAUUUUCCCAUCUUCCCUAAGCUUUGCCGUUUCCACACGUGUUGGAAAUGAACUGGGUGCGGAGAAUCCCAAAAAGGCAAAACUUGCAGCCCUCGUGGGGUUAUGUUUCAGUUACGGUUUGGGUUUCUCGGCUUUGUUUUUCGCAGUUUCGGUGAGGCACGUGUGGGCUUCGAUGUUCACAAGUGACGCGGAGAUCAUUGCUUUGACAUCGAUGGUGUUGCCCAUCAUUGGACUAUGUGAACUUGGAAAUUGUCCGCAAACAACGGUUUGCGGCGUUUUGAGGGGAACCGCAAGGCCCAAGUUGGGAGCGAAUAUAAAUUUGGGUUGCUUCUAUCUAGUGGGAAUGCCCGUUGCGGUGAGGUUGAGUUUCUUUGCCGGCUUUGAUUUCAAAGGCUUGUGGCUUGGUUUAUUGGCAGCUCAAGCCUCUUGUAUGUUCACCAUGCUAAUUGUGUUGGCUCGAACCAAUUGGGAGGGUCAAGUUCAAAGAGCCAAAGAACUCACAUCAUCGUCUGAUUCUAGUGAGGAGGAGGAGGAACAAGAUCAGAAAUGCUUGUUCAGUUCGGGCGCCACAAAGGAAUGCUCUCAUUCUGAUUCAUUAGUUUGAUCGAUCAUCAUUGCAGUGACGUCACGUUGAUUCUUUUAUAUUUUUGCAUUCAAGCUAGAUUUUAUAACAUGAAAUUGAUUCUUUCUAGAUUGUCCUAAUUUUAAUUGUACAUUCCGGAGAAGAGGCAGAGCAUAAACGCAUGCAUUCAUACAAAGAAGAAAUAAAAAAUAAAAACACAAAGGAAUGCGUUUUUGUUUCUGUUUUGAUUCAUUAAUUAAUUACAUGGACAUGAUGAUGGCAGUUCUAGUUAAA